AUGAGUUCCGAUUCAAGUUCUAGCGGAGUGCAAUUUCCCACCAUGGACGCAACUCAGUUUGCUGCAUUCUUCAAUCAAAUCGCCGCGAUCCAACCGCACAUCAGCAAAAGUGCGAAUCCGAGUCAAGAUCCUACAAAUUCGUACUUCAUUCUCCCAUAUGAGAGUCCAAGUAUACCUCUCACUUCUGUUGUUUUGACUGGAUCGAACUAUGGAGCCUGGAGUAGAGCUAUGCUGUUAGCUCUCAAAUCGAAAAAUAAGCUGAAAUUCAUAGAUGGUAGUAUUGAGAAACCGGAUAGCUCAGAUCCACUGUUUGAGGCGUGGGAGAGGUGCAACACAUAUGUCGUUGGUUGGCUUAACCUCUCACUAAGUCCAGAUAUCUACCAAAGUGUUUUGUGGAACAAUCUAGCCUAUGAGAUAUGGGAUGAGCUAAAGCAUAGAUAUUAUCAGGGGGACAAAUUUCGAGUGGCUGAAUUAUAUGAGGAAGUGUAUGCACUCAGGCAAGGAGACAUGAAUGUGACGAAUUACUAUACCAAGCUCAAGUCAAUUUGGGAAGAAAUCAACAAUUUUAGAAUCUUGCCACAAUGUAACUGUGACAAAAGGUGUUCGUGCGCCUUAUCCAUAAUUAGAAAGCAAAGAGAGGAAGAUAAGGUGACAAAGUUUCUUCGAGGUUUAAAUGAUCAACACUCCACCAUUCGAUCACAAAUGAUGCUCAUGGAUAGUUUACCAAAUCUGAAUGCGGUCUUUGCUAUGAUCACGCAGCAAGAACGGCAGUUUCUCAGUCCUGACUCUACCUCGGACAUUAAGGUUUUGGCUAACUCUGCUCAUCCCUUGAACACUGCGUUGUCUUCGCUAGGUAGAGGGAGAGGGAGAAGCAGAGGAGGUAGAUUUCAGCCUGGGAGAGGACAAGGUGGCAGAAGCAGGCUGCAGUGCACCUUUUGCAACAAGACUGGACAUGGUGUUGAUACCUGUUAUAAGAAACACGGGUUCCCCCCAAUUUUAGACAACGAUAUGAAUAUUCCAACUCUCAAAACACUGGCACACCAGUCCUCAAUUGCAUCUCAACAAAUGCAGGUACUGAGGGUAUUAAUGAUGAACUCAGUACCAGUCAAGGCCAAUUGGGAGCGAGUGAAAUCACAGGGGCUGGAUUCACUCCAGAUCAAAGGGAAGCCCUACUAG